AUGGUGGCGUUUGAUGGAGGGUCUGCCUGGGCAGCGACGUCCAUGCUCGAAAAGACGUUCACUAUCGCAGAUUUACUACAAAUUGCAUAUAACCUUCGAAUUUCCACCUAUUUCACUGCGGCAUCGGGAGUUUUGCUCCUUUAUGACUAUCUCCUCACGCUGCCAGGCGAAAUUGAACAUGUCUGGAGCGCUAAACUUUCUCUUCCUACCGUUCUUUUCUACGUGAACCGCUAUGUGCCUAUGCCCGUUCUUCUCUUGGGCGUCUUUCAUGUAUCGCCCUUUCACGCUCCUCAGUCUCUCUUAUUGUUCCUGUCAUACAGCUCUUCAUGGCUACUCUUGCUGCGUGUCGUUGCACUGUACCAAGGGCAAGUAAUACUGCAGUGCAUACUUUACGCUGCAUUUGUCCUCUCGCACACCUCUGCUUUGGUGUUCGUCGUUAGCGGCCUCGUUCCCAACUGGGAUGCUGUUUUUUACUCGAAGAUUCUCAAGAUAUGCAGUUUUGACGACGUAAAGUACUUUGCGGGCGUUUACUUUUCUCUCAUUCCAUUUGAAUUUCUCCUCGUUGCGCUUCAAAUUAAUCAUCUCAUUCGCCAUCAGCACCUCUUACGGCCUCAGGCCGCGACGGCGACUACUCAGACUCGAGCUGCAGCUAGUCUUCCCCAUCUUCUGCGGACAAUAUACUUCGAUGGGUCGCUAUAUUUUCUUGUCGUUGUAGCGCUUAGGCUAUCAGCUGGAUUCAUUGUCGCCUACAUGGGUCCAUCUCUCUGGUAUAUGGCGUCUUGGACUGAGUACUCACUGAGUUCUUUGAUGGUGUCGCGUCUCUUCCUUCACUUGCGCCAGGUCGCUGCCCGCAACCCAGAGACUCUCCCCGUGACAACGAUGGCGACUCACAAUGAGUCUGAAUCUAAAACGAGAUUCUCAUCUGAUGGCGCGACAAUGCACGAAAGUCAUGACGGAAAGAGCAGAGCACCACUCAGUACCAUCAUCUCAGUCCCGCUCUCCGCCAUUCCAGAGGACGUUCAGCCUGUUGGGGAGUUAUCCCGCUUCACUAUGCGAUCCUUUGAGAAUGGCGCCGACAAGUUCGCACCGCGGGCACUCGCGUCUCCGCAAACGCCAGAUCCGACGUACAAGACGGCGGACCUAACUCCAUGGAAAGAAAAGAAGCCAUUACCACCUCUUCCGCCGUUCUGA